AUGCAUGGUUUCCAGAGCGACGGGUUUCCGAAUGAUCCCCUGUUCAUUCAACUUCGUCGACUCGCCACGGAGCUGCCCGGUGUGCUAUUCCAUGAUGAAUAUGGCAUCAAUGCCGGCUAUACCGACGUGAUCAGCGAUGUCAUACACCUGCGUCAGGUCCUGCGAGAGGUUUUGCCAAGUACUUCUUUCAAUGGGCAAGGCUGUCUUCAAAAUAAUGCUACCUCGGUGGCGUUUCUUGCAACCAGUCAAUACUAUUUCAUUGUGAGCUUUCUGGCUAUUGCAGCUUUGGGAGGUGUGUGUGUACCAUUGGCAACGGGCCUUAGUCCGGAAGAAGCGCUGUACUUUCUGAAUAAAGCCAAGGCAACCUACAUCCUAACAGAGGAGAGUACUUCCGAAAAGGUCAUGGCAAUUCGAGGCUAUGCACAAGCUCAGGCCGGCCAGAAAUUGGACUUGAUUCCGAUAACAAGAGCCAAGUUGGAAGCAAGCUUAUGUCCUCCCAAAUUGGAGAUAAAUGAGGAAUUGACGUUCUCUCCAACCUGUGGAUGCCUGGUUCUGUUUACAUCAGGGACGACUGCGUUGCCAAAAGGCGUAGUUCUCCCCCGGAAGCUAUUUUAUUUCGAGGGCCAGACAGCUCCCCAAGAAGUCCUCUAUCUAGCAUCCACUCCCUCGCAUUGGAUUGGAGGUACAGGUGUUUUGGACAGUGUACUUACCGGAGAAAGACUACAUAUGAUGAAGAAUGGGUCUGGACCGGCAAUGUUCUGGGACGUUUUGAGGGAGGGCAAAGUAACGGACAUGAGCAUGUCGCCAACACUUCUAAGGGAGUUGAUGGAAUACUACAAUGAGAAAAUCUGUGAUAUUGCACCUGAUGAGCGUGGCAAGUAUAUCAGCGGAGCUCAAAAGUUACAAACAGUGUUUUCAAGCGGUUCGGUGCUUAGUCCUUCCACUCGGAGAUUCUUUACGGAUAUAGCCAAUGUGCCAAUUAGAAAUGGGUACGGACUGACUGAGAUGGGCGGAGGUGUGACGGUCACUCCGGCUGAUUCAGCUCUUGAGGAAGGUUAUAUUGGUACGCCUCUACCGGAAGUGUCAGUCAAACUCUCCGAUGGUGACCAGGGAGAAGUUCUGGCCAAAAGCCCCCGCAUGUUCACCCACUAUAUUGAUGAUGAAGCAGCCACACGUGCUGCAUUUGACAAUGAAGGGUUUUACAAAACAGGAGAUUGUGCUCAUCGCAUUGGUGAUAAGUACUAUUUUGAUGGCAGAGCUUCAUGUGACUGGAUUCGGUUUCAUGAAUAUACGAUUCACGUUAUAGAGCUCGAGCAACGACUGAUGGAUCUUCCAUAUAUAUCCGAGGCCCAUGUUCUCCCAGUGCGCGAUCAUGAAGCUGGUGGAUUGGUGGCUGCACUUUUGCGAGUUCGAAAACAAUAUUGCAAUAUCUCUCUUCAGAAAAUACGUGCGGACCUUGCUACCAAUAAUAUGGCCUCAUACAAGUUACCUACGCUCGUACGGGUUCUCCAAAAAGAUGAGAGAGUCCCAUUAACAGCUUCCGGCAAAACGCUGAAAAGGGAGAGUCUGCUGAAAUACUUCAAUAUAUCCAAGUAUAUGCCAGAGAACUAUUCCGUGGAAGGUGUGGAAUACUGGGGAAAUAAACUAGAUUUGGCCGCUCCUACACGCCUGUACGACUGGGGAGGCUUAUAAAUAUUUAGACUACACUGAUUACUGAG